AUGGAUUUGGGGGCCUGGAAGAGUAGUGAUGACGCAUGUGUUAUGUGGUCGAUGACAACGAACUGUAUUAGGAAGGUUGCGAGGGAGGUGUUAGGGGUCUUAAUGGGUUACUCUGGCGGGCACAAAAGAGAUUGGUGGUGGAAUGAGGAGGUUCAAGGAAAAGUGGAAGCAAAUAAAGCGGCAUACUUGAAGUUAGUGCAGAGUACAGACGAGGAUGAGAGAAGAGCGAACACGGCAGGGUAUAAGAAGGCAAGGAAGGAGGCGAAGCUAGCGGUCACUGAUGCCAAGAAUGCAGCGCUUAGUCGUUUGUAUGAAGAGUUGGGGGAAAAAGGCGGGGACAAGAAAUUAUUUUGGUUGGCCAAGGCGAUAGAGAGAAAGGCUCGUGAUCUGGAUAAAGUGAGGUGCAUCAAAGACGAGGAAGGAAGAGUUUUAAUGGAUGAGGCUAUGAUUAAGAGGAGAUGA